AUGUUCUCUUUUAAUAAUUUCACACGUUGUAAUGUUGAGAAUGGAAAAACUUCUUCACCGUUUAGUAUUAAAAGUUCGUUAUCAUUACCAUCGUUUGAUAUAUUGCCGAAGAAAAGGAAAAACACAUGGAAAAAAUUUAAAAAUCGUGGAAAUAAAGAAAACGCAGAACCCAAGAACGAGAUGGAAGAAGAAAAUAAUUCAGAUAAAAAUAUCAAUACCGAACAUGGAAGGGUUCAUAAUUUGAGGAAAAGUUAUUCGAGGGGAGAGCACAAAUGUAGCAAAGGUCACAGGCAUCGAAAAUGUCAUCAGGCCCCCAAACCUACGAACUCUACCAUUUCCAAGAAAGAAAAUUCAAACGUUGGAGAAUCCGAAGAAAUGAUUUCACCCUUGGAAAUGAAUUUGGAUGUCGCUUAUCAACACGUUAAAAGUGAAAAUAAUAAAUUAAAAAUCGACCUGGAAAAUUUAAGGGAUGAAAACGAAGAAGUUCGCAUCACAGGUGACAGAUUAUUAAAAGAAAACGAAGGGUUGAAAGAGGAUGUGUCUUUGUUGAAAAAUCUUGUUUAUAAAUUGAACGUGGAAUUAGAAAGGUAUCAAACGGGUGGUGGAAAUGUCAAAUCGGAUAAUUUAAUCGGAAGAAUCGAUAAAUUACCGAAAAAUUACGAUAAUAAUUUUCUAAGACCCGUCGUACCCCUUUUAAAAGCCUACAGCGAAUCCCUACAGGAAAAAGAUGACACGAUAAAAGAUUUAGAAAGCGAAUAUAAAAAAUUCAACGUUGCUUUCAACGAAAUAAUACAGGAAAAUGAAAAAUUAUAUGCGGAAUUGGAAAAGAAAAUGAUGGAUCCGGAUAGAAACGCUCUGAACGAAUUAAAAGUAUUAAAAAAAGAUUUAAAUAUGGCGAAAGAAGAAAAUAAUUUACUUUUCGAACAAAUAAAAUUAGAAAAAGAAAAACUGGUCAAAAUUCAUUCCGUAUUCAAAGUCAAAGUCGACGAAGCAUCCAAAGAGAGAGAAAGCGUCAAGUAUAAUUUAGAAGAAUGCAAAUCCGAAUAUUUAAUAAUGAAAGGAAAAUACGCCAUUUUGAAACAGGAAUUCGACAGGUUAAAAAUGGAGUACGACACGAGAGUACCGUUGGCCGUUCAUUCGGCGUCCAUAAACGAAUGUCGAAAAUUAUUUCAAGACCUUAAAAACGAAUACGAAAAUGAAAAUUCUCGUUUGGUGUCGAAAAUAAAAAACCUCGAAGAUGAUUUAUCGAGAUCGAAUAAGGAAGAAGAAAAAUUAAUCGAUGAAAGGAAUUUAUUGGAAAAAAAUAAUUUCGAACAAUCAUUUGAAAUAGAAAAUCUAUUGAAAAAAAUUACGGAUUUGGAAAAUCAAUUGAGGAGCGUCGGCGUUUCGUGUCAUAAUCGUGGGAAAAGCAAACAGGAAUUGAAAGAAUUAAAAAGACAAUUAGGAGAAGCCAACGACAAAAUAGAAAAUUUAAAUAAAGAUUUAUUAUCGACGAGGAAAAAACUUCACAAAGCUCUGCAGUUUGCCGAAGAUAUCGUUAAAGGACAAGAAAAACUUUUGAUUCAAUUACACGAAAAACAAAAAGAAAAUAAUUUCAUGUCGGCACAAUUUGGAAGUUUAAAAAAUCAAUUGAAAGAUGUUGAGAGAGGAGCACAAAAAGGUUUAAAUUCAGUCGAAGAAAGAAUAAAAAGUUUAGAAAAGGAAAAUGAAAUAUUAAAAAUGAAAAAUGAAAAGUUGGAAAAAAUAAUUGCUGAUAAGGAAAAAUCAAGGGGAAAAUUAAAGGCAGGGGGGGGAGUAAAAGGAGAAAAAAAAAAAAAAAAAAAUACGUCUUCGUAA